UACAAUAUUUUAUCUACUGUUUUAGAUUAAGGGCAUAUUAGAAUCGAAAUAAUUCAUAGCAAAACCAUGUAUUAUUAUUAAAACUAUUUCUACACUCGGGCGGUAAUAUGUCAUACAAAUAAUUUCACUCGGGCUGUGCCCUCGUGAAAUUAUUACGUCCCGACGUAUAACCGCCCAUCUUGCAUAAAUAGUGUUAAAACACUCUUGCUAUAAAUUAUUUUUUAAAUAAAUAAUAUGACUGGAAUGAAUUGAUUGAUUGAAUUAGCUUAAGCUAGUUCAGCGCUCACGGUUUAUAUGCUGGUUUGACGGAAGCGCUGAAGUAUACUUCAAAUCAUACCAAUAAUCGUGCCAGAAAUCUGACACGCUCGCAUUCGUACAUAUUAAAAGUAGUAUUGUGCCAUAUUUUACGCAUCAAAACCCAUAACUGAAGGCAGAAAUGCCUGACAAUUUCGAACUGGCCUGAAACGUUUACUCUACGCCGCCAUCUUGCUCAUUUGAAAUACGAGACUGACCUUUCACCCGCGCGAACCACUAAGAGAGCACUAACAUGUGCCGCUUCGUACUGAAGUUGCAUCAGCAUCCCAGUGACAAAAACUUUGGAAAAUGGUUAUUUUUUAUUGAAAUUGAUUUGAAUUAUUAUUUUCAUAGAUAAAUCCCUAAGAAAACUGGUACGUAUAAAUUUUUGUUUUUGUUUACAAGGUGCUCUACAUGUAUAUUUUUAGCGGUUCGCGCGGUGAAGUAAUGCGAGAAUCUCGUAGUAGCUAUUCAACAAUGGCCGCCAAAAUGAUGCUGAUCUAACAGUGACUUGUAAAAAUUGGUGAUUUUAUUAUGGGAAUGAAAGAUGUUGAGGCCUACAAGGAUGAGAAAAGUCGAGACAAUGGUUGGACGCUACCACCACACCCCCUGCAGGUUGCUGCCUGGAUUGUCCUCAUUCUUUUUGCAGUCUUUUACUUCGUCUGUUUUGUCCCAGCACUCCACCAGUCCUGGCAGCCAGUAGGAUAUAUUGUUCCAGGUUUAAGCCUGCUUGCACACCUUCUGUGCCACAUAGUGGGUUGUACCAUAGAUCCAGCUGAUCCCUCAGUUUUAAAGAAGAAGUACCCAAAGAAAAGAUUUGAUAGAACGCAGCAUAAACAUGUCAUAGAAAACUGCCACUGUUACAUUUGUCAAGUUGAUGUAGAGUCAAAGUCCAAACACUGCAGUAUAUGUAACAAGUGUGUGAGUGAGUUUGAUCAUCAUUGCAAAUGGCUAAACAACUGUGUCGGAGGCAGAAACUACAGAUGGUUUCUUGCAACACUCGUCACAGCAAUAAUAGCCUUGUUACUUACUGUAGUUGUUGCUCUUGUGGAAUUCAUUGCCUACUACACAGACCAGACAAACAGGGCAAUUCUUCAGCCAUACAGGGAUUUGAAUUCAAGUUUAGAGUACACAGAGGCAGAGUUAACAAUAUUCUACCAACCAGUAGUGCACAAUGGAUGGCUGGCCAUGCUUGGUGUCUACUUUAUACUGGGUAUAAUAGCUAUAGGACUGCUGGUUCAUCUGUUUGGCUUUCAUCUUUAUCUUAUUCACCACAAGUUGAGUACAUAUGACUACAUAGUAAAACAGCGAGACAGGGAAAAACACACAGAUGAUGACAAUCUAAGUAUCGCAAGUAGCGGUAAACGUAGCAAAAGGAAUCGAAUAAUGCCUUCAUCAGAAUUGAGCUCAAAUGAUAAAAGGAAACUAUCAAAAGACAGUGUCAAACCAGGCUUAAGGUCAACUACAAAGGAUUACCAGCGCAUUCUUGAAGAGGCAGAGUCUGAGCAAAACCGGUCCCCAGGGGAGACUCCACCCCCUUCAACCAGUCCUAUACCCAUGCAUGAGACAAAUAACAACUGUAAAUUGAUGAACUCACAGGGUGAUUUAUAUGCUGAACAGCUAACAGCUGUUAAAAAGUUACGCAGAAAGAAAAAGAAACGGUCUUCAAAUGAGGACACUACUGAUAGUGCAAUUUCUACUGUGGAUAAUCCCAAGAUGUACCAAAACAAAGGGUAUACAAUCUCUCAUGUUGACAUUCCACCCAUAGCAAACCCUGUGAGGAUUAUGCCUCCACCCAUUGUGACCCCCAGGGGUACAGGGGUGGCUGGGGAAUACCACUCGGAUUCAGCUGACUCUCUGCUUGAAGUGCCAACAGACAAAUCUUUAAGCUUCAGUAUGAAGGGAAGUGAUAGUGCUUUACAUGACAAAAAGGAACUCAAAUAUAUGAAAAAGAAACCAAAGAUGAAAAAGAAGAGAAAAGAAUUCGAAACUCAAAGUGAUGACGAGUUAAAUUGUAGGACAGUAUUUACUGUGAAUGACUCUGCAAAAUUAAAUGCAGAUGGGAGUAUUGACUAUACAGAUGGAUUUCAGACUUUGCCGUUGACACCAACUAAUAUAAGAAAAGCUCAUGCCCAGAUAGACAAACCCAAAGUGAAAGAAAUACCCCCACUGGACUUAACUGGGCUUCGUGGAAGUCAUGAAAGUGUUUCAUUUCAGCCUUACUCGGCGACUUUCCGUUCGACAGACACUAUUGUAACAGACAGACUGUUACCUACACUGCGGGAAGAAAGGAUAAAAAGUACUCUAAAACCUGUUGUAGAUACAGAAGUGUGAAAAUGUUAUAUUGUCUUUCCUAGAAUUUCUGUGAUUUUCUUUUGAAAGAAGUAUUUUCUAAUUAGAUAAGGCUGGUGUCUGCAGUCACCAAGUGACGCAGAAACAUUGAGGUCUUUUUGUUAUCUUUUUCCUCAAAAGAAAAACAAAAUGCAAUUAUUUAUGAUAUUUGAAUUUGGAAAUGGAUAAAACUUUAAUUAUGUCUCCCACCACACAGUGGUGUGGGAGACAUAUUGAUUUACUCCAGUCUGUGUGUGUGUGUCUGUCUGUCUGUCACAAAGCUUGUCCGCACUCUAAGUCAAACAUUUCUCACCCGAUCUUCACCAAACUUGAACAAAAUGUGUCUGACCAUAAGACCUUGGCCAAGUUCGAUAACUAGCCAAAUCGGCCCAGGCACUUCGGAAUUAUGGCCCUUGAAUUACCGAAAAAUUCCUCAGAGCGCAUGCGCUUUCGUGCACCCAAACCGUACCCUAUACUACUUUUAUUAGUAGUAUAGGGUACGUUUUGGGUGCAAGAAAGCGCAUGCACAAGUAAUAAAGGGUACAUUUUGGGUCCAAGAAAGUGCAGACUGACUUACUAUUUAGAUGAUUAGGCAGUUGUGGGAGACAUGCGCAUCUCUAGUUCCAAAUUGAAAUUGUUAAAUAAUAACCAUAAAUUGUUUGGCUCUUUAUUAUUAAAGAAAAAAUGUUAUGUUUAAAUAUGGCCAAAACUGUUUUUUUUUCUUAUUACUUAUUAGAAUAUUGUUCAAUACACAGAAUGUUGUUGAAUGUUUGUACAGACUUGAACUUGUUUGUUGAAAAUAUCGAAAAAACCAUGUCAGUAUAAAUUUGUUAAUAAUAUAUAUAUAUUUUUAUUGUAGUUGUUAGAAAUUUAUUUAUUCUUGCCUAGAUAAAUGAAGCAAUUUAGAGCUUUUUGUCAGAAAUUACAAGUAGUUUGUAUUUUCAUGCUUUAAUUAGUAAUACUUGGUAAAUGUAGUUGAUUUCCAUACAGACAUUGUCAGGUAAAACUUUCAAGUCAAAAUGCAGUUCUUUGUGAAAAAAAAACCCCACAACUUUUUUGUGUUGAGGGUAGGGUGGGUGAUAGUUGGUGUUACAGUGGUAGGGCCUAAAUGUUAUAGUUUCAUUAGCACAUCAUCUACUCUCUGUUUUUAUUAAUUCAUUAAUAUAAGAAUAUAAAGACUUAGGUAUUAACAUUUAUGAAACAAGUUGUGUGAUUAGCUGCUACUUUUCACCUUUUAUAUGAAUUAUGAUAUGAGCCGUGCCAUGAGAAAACCAACAUAGUGGCUUUGUGAACCAGCAUGGAUCCAGACCAGCCUGCGCAUCCGCGCAGUCUGGUCAGGAUCCAUGCUGUUCACUAAAGGUUUCUCUAAUUGCAGUAGGCUAUAAAAGCGAACAGCAUGGAUCCUGACCAGACUGCGCGGAUGUGCAGGCUGGUCUGAAUCCAUGCUGGUCGCAAAGCCACUAUGUUGGUUUUCCCAUGGCGCGGCUCAUAUACAUUUGAGACCUCCAUACCUUGAAUCUCAAGGAACCGACCGUUUUACAACGUUAUACUAGUUGUAAGUUAAAAAAUGUUUUACUUUGAUACCUCAAGAGAAAAAUACAUAGAAAUUUGACUGAUUGGACUUCAUACUUACUUCAGUACAACUUCAGUUGCAGUAUGUGGAAUUUUACUUGAACGGAAUAAUAUACAUACAUACAUCAAGAAGGCCAUUUUGACAGGACUUCACAAUUUCUGCAAGAAAGCUGUCAUUUUGAGACGAGCGAGCUCAAGAUACUAAGUUUCAUCUGUACCUCUUAAAAAUUAUUGGUAUGCAUCAUUCAAAAAAUUUAUUUUAAAUCAGUUUGGAUUUACAGAAAAGUGGUCAUUUUCUGGAAUUUUUAUUCAUUAAUUACAUAUAUAUCUGUUGUAAAACAGAAAAUUUAUUUACAGUUCCAUUCUACCUCACAUAACAUUCCAUUAAGGAACUUUUUUUUUUUUUAUUCGGCACAAUGAUGAAAUAGUUUGAAAUAGUUUGAAGUAAUUUCAACCUUUGAAUUUAUUGUUACCAAUGAAAACAGUUCGAAAUGAAAACCAGUACUUUACUAGGUGCCAUAAUUAAAAUCUUUGUUAGUUAUACAAUGAUAGUGUUUGUAAUAUGACUAUUAGUAUUAGUACAUUUAUAUAUUUCUAUACAUCUAUAUGUGGCAUUGCAGUGAAAAAAAAACUUUGCAAAAUGCACAAUUAAAUGGAGGACUUGAAUCAUCAUGCGUGAUUUAAUACGAGGACAACUGUCAUCAUGUGUGUUUUAUUAUGAGGACUUGAAUCGUCACAUGAGCCGCACCAUGAUAAAACCAACAUAGUGCAUUUGCGACCAGCAUGGAUCCAGACCAGCCUGCGCAUUCGCGCAGUCUGGUCAGGAUCCAUGCUGUUCGCUUUCAAAGCCUUUUGCAAUUAGAGAAACCAUUAGCGAACAGCAUGGAUCCUGACCAGACUGCGUGGAUGUGCAGGCUGGUCUGGAUCCGUACUGUUCACAAAUGCACUAUGUUAGUUUUCCCAUGGUGUGGCUCAUAUGUGAUUUAGAAUGAAGACUUGUGUCCUCAUGCGUAAUUUAAUGCGAAGACUUGCAUCUUCAUACAUAAUUUAAUUUAAUGUUGUGACCACCUCAUAAUACAUGAUCUUAUGUGGGAUCUCACAUUAUCAUGUUUGAUUUGUAAUCUAUCACAUAUUCAAACAUAUUGCAUAUAAAAAUUCUGAAGUCCCAUAACAUUUUUUGUGUAGGUAUGAGUGUAAAUGACCAAAUUCUAUCAUGUUUCAGUCUGUUUUACAGUAAGAUUUAUGUAUUGAAGGUGCUUUAUAAAUCAUGUUGAUACUAUAUUCAGCAUGGUGUAGUCAUAUAGGAAUUUUGCAUGUAGAACAAAUUUUCAUUUUUAGGAACGCUUCAGAAUUAGUUGUUUGAUCAUUUGGGCUUUACAGUUAUACAUUAAUUGGAUCUCAAUUUAAUUAUAAAAUUGAAAACCUGAUAUUUAUGGGUUGUUUAGAGUGAAGAUUUAGAAGACGGUAAAGUCAAAAAUACCAAGUUGUAAGACCAAAGUUUAAAAAUCUGCCAAGAAGUGGGCCUUAAAAUCUUACGUAAACAAAUCCUGAAAUUUUAGGUUGAAAAUCGGAAAUGCCACGCAGCCAGCAGUCUAUAUUUUCUGUUUUCAUCAGCAUUUAAAGUUUGAAAUCAAGACUUAAGAAUGGCAAACAUUCUGUUUGCCUUAACUUUCUUUUUAACAAAUUUACACUAAAGAAAUUGGACUCGGCUAUUUGUAUAUGCAGAAUGUACAUUCAGGCAAAGUUUCAUUACAAUCUUUUCAAAUUUAAGUGUGACAAAGAAAAUUUAUCAUUUUCAAGUCUGAGACUUAGUUUGAGAUGUAGAAUUUAAUAAGUAAUACAAUGUGUUGAGGUCCAUAAUUAAGUUUGAUGGCUGGACAGUCUGAUCAUGUUUAUUAUAUUUUUGACUGGGUGAGUCAAUAAAUUGAAUGUUGACCCAAGUGUUGUGUAUUUUUUAUAAUGUUAUAUCAAGUAAAGAUCAGGUUUAUCAUAUUUAUUAAGAAGUUAUGUUGAACAAUAAUCAGAACAGUGUCAUAGACAAAAAAUGUGCCCUUAUAAAUGAUGCUGUGGGCCUUAUAUAAUGGUGGUGAUCAUUAUACUGUUUAUCAGACAAGUUGAAAAAGUGAAUAAAGAGAGAAAUACAGAUGAGGUACUAUAUUUCAUGUUGUUAUGGAAAAAGACAUAAGAAAGAGUCCACCUGCCUUGAAGUUAUGGAACUACUUUUUAGUUUAAGAUUUUUUAUGUUAUUGUUGAAAGAAUACAGAGUUAACCAUACAUUAGCAUUACUAUAUCUGUAUAGAGAUAAGCAUAUUUUGUGUUAUUUGUAAAUUUGUUGUUUUAUGUACAUGUAUUCAUUGUGUUAUGUACUCUUUUUGAACAGAGUUUGUGAUUUGUACAAGGAGCUUGGGUGAAUUUUGUUUGAUAAGUUUGAGGGAAUUUGAAACAAUAUGUUAAGAAAUGUAGGGUUUUUAGGGCUAGAUUUUCAAAGGAAAACAGAAAUUAUGGAACAAGUGCUUUGGGGGCACUUGUAGGUAAUGAUUGUACACAGAAUUUUAGGGCAUAUUGUUUAAAGAAAUAUGAAUGGAAUGAUUGUUCAAGGAUUUAAAGGAGGUAUUUUUCACAGGAAUUUUAGCGAAAUGGUACAGCAAAGACUUUGAGGGCAUGUUAACUGUUUAAAGGAAUUUAUGGGGAAUGAUUGUGCAACGAUUUUGAGGGCAUGUUUUUAAGAGAAUGUGAGGAAAAUGAUUGUACGUGGACAUGAUUUUUAAAGAAAUUUGAGGGGAAUGAUUGUACAAGGACUUAGUGUAAGUACUUUCCAAAGGAAUUUGAGAGAAAUGAUUUUGAAAGGACUUUCGGGGCAUGUUGUUUAAAAGAAUUUUAGGGGAAUAAUUGUGCAACAACAUGUUGGGAUGUUAGGACAUGUUGUUUUAAGGAUUUAAAUGGAACGAGUAUGCAAGUACUUUUCUAAGGAAUUUGAAAGAGUGAAAAAUGUGUUGCUAAUUUGAGGUAAUGAUUAUACAUUUGACUUCGUAGGAAUGUCUACUGUGCGAUUAAGGGAUUUGGUGGAAAAUUUGUGUUCAAGGAUUUUUGGUGGCUUGGAUAUUUGUUUGAGGACAUUGAGUUUGCAUGUGUGUAAGGUGUUAGAGCAGGUACAUAGGAUUUUAGAAAGUGUAUAAACAAGGAAUUUGAAGUGAUAUGGACAUUUUUACACGAUUUUACUUUUGAAGAUUAAGUAUGCCUUUUUUUGUACAAAUUACAAACACUGAACCUUAAGUAGACAAAUGUGUAUACACAAAGCAAUUUUACUGUGAUAUAUGUAGAUAUAUAGUAUUACCACAUACAGCAUAUUGACUGAGUUUUGUCUCUUGACAAAACAGGAGGUUUCUGAGACUUGUUUUGUAACUUUUUUACGAUUUACCUAAUAACUAACAGCAGCUUCGGCUUUACUUUGAUUUUUGUUUUUUGUCUUUUUCGUUAAUUAUAUUUGACACAUCAACACUCUUUAUAUUUGACUUUUGCAAAGACUUUUUGUUGAACAUAUACCCACUACUUUACAUUUAACAAAAUGGGCAUUAUACUUGAGACAAAUGAACAUUUGUAAAAUAGACCAUAAGAAGCAAAGAGCAGAAAUAAUACAUUUUUACUUAAAAAUUGUUAACUAAUUUUAGGAUCUUGGAUACCUCCAAAUAAAAGCCUCUUUGUUAGAAAUUUUCUUUAAAUGCAAGUUUUUGUAAACUGUUGUGUAUCCAGUGCAUUUUUUUUGUGAUUUAUUGAUUCUUUUGAUAAGUUGAAGUGUGUGGCUAUCUUUUAUCAUUUUAGCUUCCAAAGCAAAAGCUGUUGUUAAAUGAAAGAACUUAAAUUAAUUAAAGUUUAUGAAAUAUAUGACAGGAAGGAGAGCAAAUCAAGCAUUUAGAGACGAUUUUGUAUAAUAUUAUAAGUUUAGAAUUCAACUGUGAUCGACGAAAAAAGGCUUUUAAAGUCAUACUUUAUAUUAUAUUUAGGUUUGUUACAAUGCAUUGAAUUGUUGAGUAUAUAUCUAUAGUAUUUUUUCAGUAGCUUAUUGAAAUAUACCGGCAGGUUAUGUUCUGUUUUCAUAAUCAUCAACAAAUCUGUUUAUGUUUCAUGUUGUUCUAUACUUAUUUUUCGCUUCCAAUCAGUAAUUCACAUUUGUACUACACAACCAUUCAAUAUGUUUUGGUUUUGGAUACAAUAUAUUCCAAAUUGGAUGAUGCAACAGCUUUGAUUCAGAUCUCCGUUUUAACUAAAUGACAAAAGCUGUUAACCGAUAAUAGUAUCCUCAUAAAUAUCAAUAUCAAUACAUGACUUUUCUGUAUAGGUUAUGUUUAAAAGGUGGAAUUGUUUCUGUCAGAUUGGGGUUUUUUUUUACUGAGGAAAUUAAGCAUAGAAAAAAAUAUGAUUUACCAUUGUUUUUUACAAUACAGGAUAUAGCUGGUAUAUACUGAUCAGAAAAAAACAACAUAAUGGACUUGCCUUUUAGCUGGUCAAGUAUGUUUUUUCAAAUUGGUUCUUGUCCAAAUAUCACUGCAUUGUACAGAUUAAAUUGUACAGUUAAAUAAUCAGAUAUAUCAUCGAUAAAAAUUAAUCUUUAAUAAAGCCUUAGAUUUAAAUAAUCUAUAAUAAUAACGUAAUGGUAUUUGUUCCUUUUAAAGUAUGAGAAACAUAAAAUUUUCAUUGACUUUUUUUUUCAGCUUCAGCAUAACAUAUCUUGUCUUAAAGAGGUAAAAUUCAGUUCUGACAGUGUGAAAUGGAAAGAAAAUUUUGUUUGUCUUCUGUUUUUACACACAACUCCUGAACACUAAAUAAAUACUCCUAUCAUAUAAAUAGUGCAGUUGGUGUUCACUAAAACCAUUUUUGAUUAUACAUGGAAAGAAACAAAUAUCUUUAAUAUAAUUCAGUUAUUUUACUCUAGUUAUACAGUUUAUGUCAACCUAAUUUAUUUAUUCAUCUGACAUUCCUGUAACAGGAGUUAUUUUUUUUCCGUCCAUAUUGUUUUUUUUUACAUACUUGUAAUAUGCAUUCCUAGUCUUUACAUAUAUUUAUUUGUAUAUUUUAUUUCCUGUGAUUUUCUGUUUUUAUUUGCUUCAUAUUUUUGUAUUUUUUUACCGCCAUGUAUAAGUGCUUUGAUAGUUUGCACAGUUAUGAUAGUGUUUCUCCAGCCCAGAAAACCAAAAUAUUGUCACGAUUUUAUGACCAAAAAGAAUUUUUUGUUAAAACUAGCCUAGAUUAACCAUGUGUUAAAACUUUUUCCUUAUCAGGAUUAUAUUCAGUAUAUUAUUUAGUCAGCAAGAUGGGAUAUAAAGUUAUGUUUAUUUUUGCACUUUGGGUUUUUACAAGAAUGGGAAGUUAAAUUUAGCAAAACUCAAAAGUUAAAAAGUGUCUGAUAAAAAAGGUUUUCUGUAUAUUCUUUCCCAAGCUCUACAUAAAUAGAAGGAACUUACUCAUAUUGUAGGAACUGCUGAAAAUUCCCUUAAUCAGGUUUUACUGUAUAUAUUGAUUAUUGCCUUGUGGCGAGGUCAAUAUGAGGAUUUAUCGCCCUGGAAAAAGACUUGACAACCCAGGGCAGAUACAUUUUUAUAGAUCGAGGGUACAGCCCCGAGGUUGAUAUCACAUUUCCCAGGUUGGUUGUAAAUUUUUCCAGCAUUUUAGUCUUAAAUUGUGUACAUUUUCAUUGUGCCACAAUGAAUAUGUGAUUUUGUUGACCCGUCUCUGAUAGUAACAAUAUCAGCUAUGUAGGUCAACAAAACUACAUUAUACUGACCUUGGAAUAAGUGUACAGUUGUCAUACUUAACAUACCCAUGAUGCUGUAUAUUUUUACAUUGUGAGAAUUACAGAAAAGCUGUCAAAAUGAAUAAUUCUGAGGCAUUAUAUAUUGUUUUUAGCUCGACUAUUCGAAGAAUAAGUAGAGCUAUCCUACUCACCACGGCGUCGGCGUCGGCGUCACACCCUGGUUAAGUUUUUCGUACCAGUCCACAUUUUGACAAAGUCUUUUGAGAUAAAGCUUUGAAACUUUCAACACUUGUUUACCAUCACCAUGUCUAGUUAUAGGCAAGAGUACAUAACUCUGUCAAGCAUUUUGACUGAAUUAUGGCCCCUUUUGACUUAGAAAUCUUGGUUAAGUUUUUCGUACCAGUUCUUAUUUUGACAAAGUCUUUUGAGAUAAAGCUUUGAAACUUUCAACACUUGUUUACCAUCACCAUGUUCAGUUGUAGGCAAGAGUACAUAACUCCAUCAAGCAUUUUGGUUGAAUUAUGGCCCCUUUUUGACUUAGAAAUCUUGGUUAAGUUUUUCGUACCAGUCCACAUUUUGACAAAGUCUUUUGAGAUAAAGCUUUGAAACUUUCAACACUUGUUUACCAUCACAAUGUCCAGUUGUAGGCAAGAGUACAUAACUCCAUCAAGCAUUUUGACUGAAUUAUGGCCCCUUUUGACUUAGAAAUCAUGGUUAAGUUUUUCGUACCAGUUUAUAUUUUGUGUAAAGUGUUUGACAUAUGGCUUUGAAACUUUUAUAUCUUGUUCAGUAUAAUAGUCUCUAUCAAUAGGCAAGAGUACGUAACUCUUUCUUCUUUUUUGGCUGAAUUAUGGCCCUUUUUGAAUUUGGAAAUUGGUUCUGUUUUGUAAAUGUCCAUGUUUUGUCAAGACUAUUUGACAUAUGGCUUUUAAACUUUAAACACUUGUUUAUCAUUAUGAUUUCCAUCUGUAGGCAAGAGUACAUAACUCUGACAAUUAUUUUGACUGAAUUAUGGCCCUUUUUGGACUUUGAAAUUUGUUCAGUUUUUCUUACAAGUCAGCGUUUUGUCAAAACUGUUUGAACUGUGGCUUUGAAACUUUUAACACUAGUUUAUCAACAUGAUUUCCAUCUGUAGGCAAGAGUACAUAACUCUGUCAACUAUUUUGACUGAAUUAUGGCCCUUUUUGGACUUAGAAAUUAGUUAAAUUUUUCAUAUAAGUCCAUGUUUUGCCUAACAUAUAACUUAACAUAUUUGCCAUCAUGGUCACACAUUGCCAUUUAGUGCAAGACUAAUCGAAAUCCACAAAUACAGGAACAUUUUUUGUUUAAUCCAUUUUUUUGUUUAGUCUGAAAAUCUAUGGAAAUAUUUUGACCCCAUUCUUCAAUCAAUUCUUCGAAAAGUCGAGCGCGCUGUCAUCCGACAGCUCUUGUUUUGCAGACCUAUGCAUGUGGUGCUCUAAACUCAACAAGCGGGGUAAAUGAUAGAACAACAGAACCUUAUUCCCAUCUUGCUGGUUAUAUAAAUAUAAAAUUGGUUGUCUUUAAAAAUGUAAGAAGAUACUGUAUUAUUGAUUGUUGUAACCUUUACUGUUAUUUGAAUUUCCAUACCCAUGUCAUAAAUUUCUGUUAUGCAAAAAUGAGAAACAGGUAGAUGGCAUUAAAGAAUUAAAAAACCUA